AUGAUGGGCUCGCCUGUGGCUACCGUCUUUGGUCCUCUCUCCUCGUUUAUCCCCGGGAAUCCGCUCAUCGUCGGCAAUGCCCCGUUUGCCCAACAGGCCAUCGGCGGGCCGCGGCUACAGGAUGCGCCUGCCUUUCCGCUCCUCCUCUCCACCGUUGUCAUUGCUGCGGCGCCCAACAGCUCCAUCAGUUCGACAAAGGUGUACGCUGUGACGCUCCAGGCCCCGCUGCCUGCUCCACCCUCGGUCACACUCCUCUACUCGUUCAGUGGCGAUGUCAAUGAGUGGAUCUCCACCACUGUCCUCGACACCACCGCUGUGGUGGCCAUCGGAGGCACCACGCCGUACGUCCUCUCGUCGCCGCUCAACCCGACCCCGUUUGCGCUCACUCCAGUCCUCCCGCAGGCGCCAUCGAGUGGCACCCAGUUCAACACUCUGGUCUCCGGCGACCUCAACGGCGACGGCCUCGACGACUUUGUCGCCGGCGGAUCCUCAACCAACUUUGCCGACACCGGACUUCUUAUGGUGGCCAUUGCCGAACCGCCUCACGCCACUACGCUUCCGUCCGCCAAGUUUAGCAUAUAUGCGAUCCUGUCCGGCGAUCCUGGUGUCGGCGCCUUCUCACCUGUCUUCUCCAUCGCGCUCUGGUCUCUCUCCCCCUUCCCCUCGAUCGUCGCUGUAUCGUUUCCGUUUGCCUUUGCCGCCUCACCCGCACAGGUCUUUGCGGUCCGGUUUGACCCGACGCGCGGCGCCUCGUCGCACCUCUAUGGCCUCUCGCUCCUCUACGACUCGUCAAACCUCGGGGGUACAGGCAUGAUUUCUGCACCGGUCGGCACUCCGCUGCCGCACACGCCGCUCGUGCUUGCAUCGCCGUGCCCGACCGUCCCUCACGACUACUGCGCUAUGGCUGCGCUUCCACAAGCUCUGCCAAUCACAUCCUUCUCCCAAACCACUCUCGCCGGCCUUCAUGCCCCGCUCUCGUCGUCGCUGUGGACGCUCGGCCUCAUCGACGACGACACCGAGACCGACUUGGCCAUCCUCAUAGACGGCGUCAUCCAUGUCUACCUUAACAACAUUGUCGCCGCCGCCGCGUCCUCCGACGAGCCGGCCUGGCGCCAUGUCACGGGUCCAUCGAUUACCGCGUACCGCUCCGGGGCCUUCUCGAUUGUCGGGCCAGUCUUAGCCGACGUCGACGCCGACGGUGACCUCGACCUUGUGCUCGCCGUCGUCACCGCUGCAGGUAGCGAGGUCUUUCAGCUCGCAUACUUUGCCAACAUCGGCAGUGGUCACUUUGCCAUCAUCGCGCCACUGGCCAUCACUACCGGCGUCUCGUUCAACGCCAUCGCUGACUCCUUGCUCAUGCCGCUCCCUUUGCUUCAUCCCAACGUUGCUUCUGGCUGCGCCAACUUGCCUCAACUCGAGCUUUGA